GAGGACCCCGCGGUCACGUGGAGCGGGCGGCCCGCGCUGUGGUCAGGGAGACGCAAGCGAUGAAGCCCAGACCCGCCGGGUUCGUGGACAAUAAACUCAAGCAGCGAGUUAUCCAGUACCUCGCCAGUAACAGAUGCGGCAAAUAUGUGGACAUUGGAGUCUUGGCAUCUGAUUUACAAAGAAUGUACAGUAUAGACUAUGGUCGAAGAAAAAGAAAUGCUUUUCGGAUUCAGGUAGAAAAAGUAUUUAGCAUCAUUAGUAUUGAGAAAGAAUUUAAGAAUCUAACAGAAUUAGAAGAUGAACAUGUGGCUAAAAGAGCAAGACAAGGCGAAGAGGAUAAUGAGUAUACUGAAAGCUACACUGAUGAUGAUUCAGAUGUGGAAGAUUACCCAGAUCCACAGUCAGCAAAUCACAUGAACAGUUCCCUGCUCUCUUUAUAUCGGAAAGGAAAUCCUGAUUUUGUUUCAAAUACUCCUGAGAUGACGCAAAAAGAAACCAUCACUUCAGCACCGCAGCUCACUUCCAAAACAGGCUCCGUUUCUGUGAAGACGCCUGCCAGAGAUGCUGGGGGAGGAUGGUUUAUUGACAAAAGCCCCGGUGGAAAGAAAGACAGUUUUUCCUUGGACCUAUCAUGUGACAAAAGUAAUCAUAAGAAGCCAAUCACUGAAAUACAGGAUUCAAAAGAUUCUUCUCUUUUGGAGAGUGAUAAAAAAAGGAAAGGCAGGCUAAGGCACAAAGGAAGCAAAAGGAAGCAAGAAGAUCUUCAGGAAGUCGAUGGAGAAAUCGAAGCCGUCCUGCAGAAGAAAGCAAAAACCAAAGGGCUUGAAUUCCAGGUCUCCAGUGUGAAGUUUGAAGACGUUGGAGGCAAUGAUAUGACACUAAAAGAAAUCUGCAAGUUGCUCAUACACAUGCGCCACCCGGAGGUGUACCACCACCUGGGGGUCGUGCCCCCUCGGGGGGUUCUCCUUCACGGGCCCCCAGGCUGUGGGAAGACGUUACUUGCACAUGCGAUUGCUGGGGAACUUGACCUGCCAAUUCUGAAAGUGGCUGCUCCGGAGGUCGUGUCUGGGGUAUCUGGAGAGUCUGAGCAGAAGCUGAGAGAACUGUUUGAACAAGCUGUGUCAAAUGCACCAUGUAUCAUUUUCAUCGAUGAAAUUGAUGCUAUAACCCCCAAAAGAGAAGUUGCCUCAAAAGAUAUGGAACGAAGAAUUGUAGCCCAGCUCCUAACUUGCAUGGAUGAUCUGAAUAACAUGGCUGCCACGGCUCGGGUCCUAGUUAUUGGAGCUACUAAUCGCCCAGACUCGUUAGACCCUGCUUUGAGACGUGCAGGAAGGUUCGACCGAGAAAUAUGCCUUGGUAUCCCAGAUGAAGCAUCCAGGGAAAGAAUACUUCAGACUUUGUGCAGAAAACUGAGACUUCCUGAGGCUUUUAAUUUUUGUCACUUAGCACACCUAACGCCGGGCUUUGUCGGUGCUGAUUUGAUGGCGCUCUGCCGGGAGGCGGCCAUGUGUGCCGUCAACAGGGUUCUGAUGAAGCUACGGGAGAAGCAGGACGAGCCUGAGACUGAAGCUUUGCCCCCUGAGGGAGCCCAGGAGGAAAGGCUGAGCACCGAGCCCGCUUCUAAAACACAGGAUGAAUUGCAAAGUCUGCUGGGGUUGCUAAGAGACCAAGAUCCCCUCUCAGAGGAGCAGAUGCAAGGACUGUGCAUUGAAUUGAAUGAUUUCAUUGUUGCUCUAUCCUCAGUCCAACCGUCUGCCAAAAGGGAAGGCUUUGUCACUGUCCCUAAUGUGACAUGGGCAGAUAUUGGUGCCCUGGAAGAUAUUAGAGAGGAGCUCACCAUGGCAAUAUUGGCACCGGUACGUAACCCGGAUCAGUUCAAAGCCCUCGGCUUGGUGACGCCAGCCGGAGUUCUACUUGCUGGUCCUCCUGGCUGUGGGAAAACUCUGCUGGCGAAGGCUGUAGCAAAUGAGUCUGGACUAAAUUUUAUAUCUGUCAAGGGCCCCGAAUUACUAAAUAUGUAUGUUGGUGAGAGUGAACGAGCUGUGCGACAGGUUUUUCAACGAGCCAAGAACUCAGCGCCCUGUGUGAUUUUCUUUGAUGAAGUGGAUGCUUUAUGUCCUCGAAGAUCAGACCGAGAGACAGGAGCGAGUGUCCGGGUGGUGAAUCAGCUGCUUACGGAGAUGGACGGCCUGGAAACACGGCAGCAGGUGUUCAUCAUGGCAGCCACUAACAGGCCAGACAUCAUUGACCCAGCAAUCCUGCGCCCAGGCCGGCUGGACAAAACGCUCUUUGUGGGUUUACCACCUGCAGCAGACCGUCUUGCCAUCUUAAGAACGAUCACAAAAAAUGGCACCAAACCUCCACUGGAUGCAGAUGUAAAUUUGGAAGCAAUUGCUGGUGACCUUCGCUGUGAUUGUUAUACGGGUGCAGAUCUCUCUGCUUUGGUACGGGAAGCUUCUGUAUGUGCCUUGAGACAGGAAAUGGCAAGACAGAGGAGUGGAAAUGAAAACGGUAAACUCAAGGUUAGUCAUAAGCACUUUGAAGAAGCUUUCAAGAAAGUAAAACCAUCUGUAUCAAAAAAGGAUCAAGUAAUGUAUGAACUUCUGCAGCGGUCCCUCAGCCAGUGACAUCUCCAGUAGCCCGUGCGUGGAGCUGGCAGAGAAGCGGGCACAUCUGAGGUGUCCACUUGCAGCUUGACCCAGAUGUGGGCUCAUGUGGUUGCACUUCUUUGUCAACUUACGGAGGCCAAGCUGGAGCUGAAGAUUCUUCCUGUCUGACCAGCCCUGCGUGAAAAUGCCCUACUUCCUCUUUUAAAAAAAAUUAUUUUUUAACUGCUGACAUAAAAUAACUGAUAAAUUUUUUGAAUAAAAUUUUUAUUUUGAAUAAUCUCAACCAUACAGAAAAGUUACAAAGAACUACUUUUCCCCUGGAUGACCUGGGAACAAGUGGCCUACCUGAUGCCCUGUUCCGCCCUUUCAUGGAGCCCUGUGUGCGGAGCACUGCGGCGUGUGUUCCACCAUGCCGGCUGAUUUCUCGAUUUUCAGUAGAGACGGGGUCUUGCUCCUGCUCGGUUUGAUUUCAAACUCCUGGCCUCAACCAAUCCAAGUUCGA